AUGAAGCGGACAGCGGAGAAGACGCUGACGCAGGACAACUGGCAGGAGGAGGAAGGAGAGGAAGGAGAAGAAGGACAGGAGGCUGGAGAGUUCAAGCAAGCAGCUCCCGAGGAGCUUGCCAAGAGGAGAAUAGUCAAAGCUAGGAGAUCCGCCAACGGACCAGCAGUGCCUGAUGCUGUCGCGGAUAAAGUUGAGGAGGCGAAACCUGUUGCUAACUUCUCCUGGACGACCCCAGCUGCGGACAAGCCAGCAGAGGACAACAAGAAGAGUGAAGAGGUUGCCAAUGAGAAGGAGGCGAAGGAGAAUGGUGUGAAACCCACUGAGCAAAAUGGUGAGAAAAGCAGCGAGAAGUCAGAGGAAAAAGGAGAGGCUGGAAAGGAUGACUCUAAGGAGAAAGACGGAGAAAAGAAGGAGGGAGCAGGAUCCCAGGAAGGAGGCGAGAAGAAGUCCCUGUUCAACUUCUCUGGUGGAUUUUCCUUCGGGUCGGGCUCGGGGGGAUCGAGCAAACCGUUCUCCUUCUCGGCAGGGUCGGGAACAGGGUCUGGAUUCUCGUUCGGAACUUCUUCUGCGUUUUCCUCCGGCUUCACGUUCGGAACGGGAACAAAGAUGGAGUCUUUUGCCAGCGUUGGAAGUCAAGGGUGGACGAGCAAGCAGAAGAAGGAGGAAGGAGAGGAUGGCGAAGACGGAGAAGGCGGAGGAGAGGAGGACGCGCAGGCAGAGGUUGCUGUGAAGAAGUCGGACGCGAUUGUCCAGCUCGACCUGGUGGAGACUUGCACAGGAGAGGAGGACGAGACGUGCGUGUUCCAAGUGCGAGCGAAGCUGUUCACGCUGAUGACGCAGCCCAAGGAGAAGCCGUCGGAGGGGAAGGAGGGCAGCCCGAAGGAGGCGGAGAACAACGCUCCUUCUUGGACUGUGAUGGGGAUCGGCGAUCUGAAGAUCAACGUUCCCAAGGAGGGCGAGACGGACAAGUCGAAGAGGCCGAGGAUCAUCAUGAGGCGGCAAAAGACUUUCCAGCUGUGCCUUAACACGUACCUGUUUGAGAACAUGGUGUGCGAUAAGGCUGGGCCCAAGGAGGUCCGAUUUACGAGUGUUGAUGGGGGGAGGUUGGGGGGCGAGGAUGAGGAGGAGUCAGAGGAGAAGGUGAAGAAGAAGGAGGUGGAGGUGAAGGAGGAGGAGGUGGUGGUGAUGGUGAAGGAGGAGGAGGUGGUGGGCAUGAAGAUUGACUCGGAGAAGGAUCUAGCGACCUACCUAGUGCGCGUGAAGGAGGAGGAGGAUGCAGACAAACUAAUAUCUCUAGUCCACAAGCACAAGUCUCACGGGAAGGAGUAG